UUUAAUACCCUUGUCCCAGUAUUUAAAGAAACCGGAUUUAUCCCUAUCUCUGCAGAUUCUUACUUAUUUAUUAAUAAAAUAUUGGGAAUAUUAUUAAUUCUCUACGUUAAUAACCUUUUCAUUGCCGCGCUAAUUGUAACUAUUAUUAAUUAG